AUGGCUCCUCUCCUCAGCAAGCCAGAGGUCGGUAAAGACGACGAGAUCAUGCUGAAGUACAGGAUCUCCCCCCUCUCGGAUCUCAGACUCCAUAUCUACCACGCGUGGGUGGGCAUCUGGCUCUCGAGCAAGAACGAAACGGCUCUGCCCCCUCCCAAAUGGACAGUCGAGGAGCUGGGCCAGUUCUUCCACGACUGGAAGCUCCACAAUCUGCUUGACAUUGAGCUGCUCAAGUCCAUCGUGCAGUCGUUCCAGAGCCACGUCGCCAGCGGAAACAUCACCCUCGGCGGCGAUGUGCCGCCCUCCUGUGCAGAAACCAACAUCCUCUCGCAGGCAUACAACCCGCAAACCGAAUGCUCCUGCAACGGCCUCUACCCCGUCCCGGAUGGCAUGACUGUCGACGCCGUGCUCAAGCAGACAUCCUGCAGCGCCAUCGCCGCCAUGCUCUCCGCGCAGCACGACGUCGCUACCAGACAGACCGAAUGGUCCAGCCGCAACGGCGCGAUCUUCACUGCACCCAAGCUCGCCGCGGCAGUCAACGAGCUCGUCCUCGCCAACGCAGACGCCCAGCCCGCUCCGCGCAGCUGCACCAACCAGCCCAUCCCCGCGAUCACCGCGCCAGACCGCCGUCCCAGCAAGGAAACCGACUCGGACCCGCGCCUCCACAACACCCUCUUCCCGACCUUCGAGGGCAUCAAGCUCUGCGCCGACGCCAAGCACCUCUUCGCCAUGGCCUGCGGCGCGUCCGCGCUCGACCGCGGCCUGCUUGCCGCCAUCGCCGACUCCGGCAACGACAUCCUCAUCGGCGACUACGCCGACGCCGCGUCCCCAACCACGCUCGCCCGACUCCAGCGCACCGGCGCCGCAGCCACGGCCUUCCUCAAAAUGUGCCACCUCGCCGGCACCCUCACGGACUGGCAGUUCAACACGCUCGCCGCGGCAAUCAUUCAAUUCCGCGUCCUCGGCUACCACCGCGACCACGCCCGCAACCGCCUGCCCCCCGCCAUCCACGGCAGCCGCAUGACCGGCGUCACCGUCCACCGCCACGUCGACAUCGCCAUCUUCCACGGCGUGCUCCCCGCAUCGCUGGUCACGGGCGCCCAGCUCUCCGAACCAGCCUACAUGCGGCUCUCCGAGGCCUGCACGCUCAUCAACGACCUCGUCGACCUCCGCAGCGACGCCAUGCGCCGCCAGCGCGAGAACGUCGUCCUCCGCGGCUUUCCCGCCACCACCAGCGCCUGCGCCUACCUCGACGGCCUGCUGACCCGCCUCCUCACCGCCGUCUGCGGGGUGAUGGCCGAGGGCAAGCUGGGCGCGCUGGUCGUCAUGGCGUUCUGCAACUGGGCCGUCAUGGCGUCGCAUCAUAAGCUGUUUGAGCUGGUGGGCGGCGUGGUGCCGGUGCGUGGCUCGCCGGCCUGUCGCUACAAGUCGGUGGAGGACGGGGCGCUGUAUGCGCGCUUGCUGGCGCUGCUGGAGCCGUUCGGGACCCUGGGCGAGUGGAAGCCCGAUCUGCGCCGCAGGAGAGCCAUGCUCGACCAGAUGUAUGGCCUGGCGCGGAUGUCGGCGGAUUCGCAUGUCGGUUGGUUGGCGGAUGUGACGCGCGCGUUGCUGCAGCCGGCCCAGUUGAGACGCAUUGUGGAUGUGGUGCACUAUGAGUGGAAGGGGGGGGUGGGGGAUGUUGAAUAUUGUCCGUAG